CGUCUCAUCAAGGACGGACUGCAGUAGCCAUGUCGAUCAAGCCACCGUCUGUCAAGUAUGAGGCCAUCCAAGCGCAAGAGGAGACCGUGGACGUGUUGGGGUUGAAUGGGAUCCCGCUGACCGUGCUGGACGAGAUCAAGCAGCACAAGGUGUUCAUCACGGGGUCGCUCAUCGUGCUGGAAGCGUCCGUCAUGUGGGCGUACUUCUCGUGCUUGUCGGCGCAGGACUACUACAAGAAGGCCUUUCCGUCUGUGAACUUUGACUUCCUCACCACGCCGCUGCUCACGUGGCCGUUGGUGAUUGGACACGUGCUACAGGCGGGGUUCCACAUCCGCCUGAGCUACAAGUACCGCGUGUCGAUCGGGUACUUUCUCUUCGCACUGGCAGCCACCGUCAUCAUCGCCCAGGACUUUCUCACGCUCGACAACACGGUCGCGGCGUACGCGGUGCUGGCCAGCUUUGCCGUCGUGGGCAUCGCGCACUCGGUCGUGGAGCCGGCCUUUUACCUCAUCGCGGCGCUCUUCCCCGACGAAGACUCGACGCACGCCGUGCAGAUCGGCAACGUCGCCGCCGGCGUGAUCAACAUCGCGCUAAGCACACUCAUCCGCGUGUUUGUCGGGGGGUUCGACCUGGACGAGAGCCGCACCAGCGUCACGCUGUCCUUCUACCUCUUCAUGGGCCUGCUUCUCGUGGUAUGCGUCGUGGCUCUUGUGGUCUUCCACAACUUGGAGGCUCUGCCCUGCGUCAAGUACCUGCUCGACCGAGCGGACGACGACCACUCCAAGUACGGCCACCCGUCGCUCCCCGACUUGUGGGCCAAGUACUGGCGCGUGUCCCAGACGAUCGUUCUGCCCAUGGUGGCGCAGUUUAUGAUCUUCUUCUGCUCCCUCGCGCUCUUUCCGGGCGUCGGCUGCGCGUCCAGCCUGCACGUGCUAGAUUCGGCGUCCGUACCCGCCGCGUGGUUCUGCUCCCCGGGCAUCAUCGGCGCCUACAACGUCGGCGACUUUCUUGGACGGAUCGUGUGCACCAAGGCCGUGUACACCAUGCUCACUCUCCGAUCGUGUUUUGUGCUGUCGCUCCUUCGGUGGCUGUUGCUGCCGCUGCUGCUCCUGGGCACAGCCUCGAGCCCCCUCUACGCGUUCGAGGGGGUUCCCGUGGUCGGGUUGUACUGGGCACUUGGCCUGAACGUGCUGCUGGGCUUCACCGCCGGCAUGUUCAGUACCAUCACUAUGGGGCUGGCCCCCCGCCUCGUCGCGCAGGAGGACCGCGAGGCGGCGGGCUCGCUCAUGGUGCUCAGUCUCUUCCUUGGCCUAGCGCUCGGCUCGACGUUUGGCUUUGUGCUCGGUAGCAACCACUGGCUCGACAUUGGGUUGUAGAAUCACUACUAUAGUACUACUCGUCGGUGUCGUUAGGUGUUUUAGAGGUUUUGCCGAUAUACUACUACUCGUUCACGACUUUCAAGUGCGUUCCAAUGUUGACUGUCCGUUCGA